AAAAGAAAAAAGAAAAAGCCAUGGUUGCAUGUUUGUUUUUUUCCCUUACACUGGGAGGCACAUGAGCUAAUUGUAUCCUGAUCUUUGCCUUAAGGGCUUGGGGAGCCCGGGAGCAACUAUUCUCUCCAUUUUCUUGUGUCUACCUUAGCCAAGCUAUUGCCUUUCUCGCUGGCGGUAGCGAGAGAAGAAGCAGAUAGUGGAAGAAUCACUUUUUUUAAGCAGACAAAAACUGACUUGACUCCUCCAGGACAGGAAUUGACAGAAGGCCUGGUCCGGCUUUUGAGUUUCAACGGUUCUGGUUCUGAUUUGUUCCAUUAACUAUGGAGCAGCGUGAGUCCAUGAGUGGGAUAAACAAGCAAAUACAUUUCGAAACAGGUUUUCGAAGCGUACAAACACCAUUGCGAGCGAGCUGCUCCGCCUGACAGCCACGCUCUCCCCGCGCGUCCUCCUCCUCACAUUCGAGCCGACCAAAAGGACGAGAACGGACGAAAGAAGACAAGAAAUCUAAUCUCGUGACAGCAAACCAAAAAAAAUAAAAAACAAAUGGACGAGACGGAUAUCAUGGACCUGACGCAUCAGAAGGCGAGGAAGCGACCGCGGCCAAUCACCUCCGCGGACGAGGCGGCGGUGCACGCUCCACUCAAACGAGCGCCGAUGCGGGCGGCCGAGUGCCGGGAGACGUCGCUCAUGUACGCCGUGCGCGGAGAACCACUGCCCGCCGCCUCGCUCAAGCAGAAUGACCACUCGGUGACCUCGUCGCCUACCAGCGUCAUGCCGGCGCAGGACAAUCGCUCCAGUAUGUCCCGACCCAUGAUCACACGCUCGCCGGUGUCUCCGUUGAGUAACCAGGGCAUCCCCACGCCGGCGCAGCUCACCAAGUCCAACGCACCGGUGCACAUCGACGUGGGCGGACACAUGUACACAAGCAGCCUGGCCACACUCACCAAAUUCCCAGAAUCUCGAAUCGGUCGCCUCUUUGAUGGCACCGAGCCCAUAGUGCUGGACAGCCUGAAGCAGCACUACUUCAUUGACAGGGACGGACACAUGUUCCGCUACAUCCUCAACUUCCUCAGGACGUCCAAGUUGCUCAUCCCAGACGACUUCAAAGACUACAGCCUGCUGUACGAGGAGGCCCGAUACUUCCAGCUGCAGCCCAUGCUGUCCGAGCUGGAGCACUGGCGCCAGGACCAGGAGCUGGGUCAGGUGUCGCGCCCAUGCGAGUGCGUGGUGGUACGCGUGACGCCCGACUUGGGCGAGAGGAUCACGCUGAGCGGCGACAAGGCGCUGAUCGAGGACGUCUUUCCCGAGAUCGGCGACGUCAUGUGCAACCUGGUCAACGCCGGUUGGAACCACGACUCCACGCACGUCAUCCGCUUCCCGCUCAACGGAUAUUGCCUCCUCAACUCUGUCCAGGUUCUGGAGCGCCUGCAGCAACGAGGCUUCGAGAUUGCCGGUUCCUGCGGGGGAGGCGUGGACUCGUCCCAAUUCAGCGAGUACGUUCUGAGGCGGGAACUGAGGAGGACGGCUCAGCGAGGAGGACUCAAUUCCAAUCGGAUAAAGCAAGAGCAGCUAGACUAGAGACUCUGCUGGACUUUUCCGUGCUCUGGACUCUUCACGUUUUUUUUUCUUCACUUGUUUUGACUUCUUGUUGAUGUUUUUGUUUUCUUAUAAAAUCAUCUACAGAAUAAAAAAAAAAAAGAGAGACGCAUCUGCAAUGGAAAGAUUUGCGACAUUUGAAUUAGAGAUUGCGCGGACAUUUGUGAUUGUCUACCCCCAUAAAACGCGAAUGAGAAAGAUUUAUAUAUGUUGUAUCCCGAAAUAAAGUUUGUUUUAAAACUUUGA